AAUGGAGGAUGUUCAUUGUUCGGGCAUCACUGUGAAUGGAGCAGGAGGAUAGGAGCCACCACGCUUUAAAGUUGGCACGUACGGAGAAAGAAGAAGCGGCCGACCGUUGAUUGGCAAACCGAGUGGAAGCUCAAGAAACCACUGGCCAAUGGCCAUCCCCCGACAUUGGACGGACCAAUGACCGCGACCGCCCGCUGAUUCGCGUACCUCGCUCUGGUUUUCUCUUCAGUUCGAUAGAGAGACAUCGAGACCACUCUCUCCUCUACUCGACUCGAAGCUUGUUUGAGAAAGCGUUGUUCCUGUGGAUCCUUCUUACUUAAGUCGCAAUUUCCCUCUCGCUGAAACGAAGAAUUAGGACCGAAGCUGACUCGGCCAUGUCGACCACUGCCGGACUCGUGAUCCCCUGCGCAGCGGCGGUUGCGUGGGAAGCCGGAAAGCCACUGGUGAUAGAGCAGGUGGAGGUGGCUCCGCCGCAGGCCAUGGAAGUGAGGAUGAAGGUCAAGUACACCUCGCUCUGCCACACUGAUCUUUACUUCUGGGAAGCCAAGGGCCAGACACCGUUAUUUCCUCGCAUUUUUGGCCAUGAAGCUGCUGGGGUGGUGGAGAGUGUUGGAGAAGGGGUGUCGGAUCUUGCAGUUGGGGAUCAUGUGCUUCCAGUGUUCACAGGGGAAUGUGGAGAAUGUAGGCAUUGCCAGUCUGAGGAAAGCAACAUGUGCGAUCUGCUAAGAAUCAACACCGAGAGAGGGGUUAUGCUUAGUGAUGGGAAAACUAGAUUUUCCAUAAAUGGUUCACCAAUAAAUCACUUUCUGGGCACAUCCACUUUCAGUGAAUAUACAGUUGUUCACGCGGGCUGUCUAGCAAAGAUUAACCCUCUUGCACCUUUGGAUAAAGUCUGUAUACUCAGUUGCGGCAUCUCCACCGGAUUAGGAGCCACAUUGAACGUCGCAAAGCCGAAACAAGGUUCUUCUGUUGCUAUAUUUGGACUGGGAGCUGUCGGCCUAGCUGCUGCAGAAGGUGCUAGAAUUGCAGGUGCAUCAAGAAUUAUCGGAGUCGAUUUGAAUCCAAACAGGUUCGAGGAAGCCAAGAAGUUUGGAGUGACUGAAUUCAUUAACCCAAAGGAUCAUGACAGACCUGUUGAACAGGUUAUUGCUGAAAUGACUAAUGGUGGUGUUGACAGGAGUGUGGAGUGCACUGGCAACAUCAAUGCCAUGAUUUCAGCUUUUGAAUGUGUUCAUGAUGGAUGGGGCGUGGCUGUGUUGGUUGGAGUCCCCAGCAAAGAUGCGGUUUUCAUGACAAAGCCCAUUAAUGUUCUCAAUGAAAGAACGCUCAAGGGGACAUUUUUUGGGAACUAUAAACCUCGGAGUGAUCUCCCUUCUGUUGUCGAUAUGUACAUGAACAAGAAACUGGAGUUGGAUAAGUUUAUUACUCACCGGCUGCCAUUCUCUGACAUCAACAAGGCUUUUGAUUUGAUGGUGAAGGGAGAGAGCUUGAGGUGCAUUAUCAGUAUGGAAGACUAGGAUUGGUGUUGGAUGCUUAUAAAAAAUCUCUUGUCGUGUUACUGCUAGUAACUUAUCUUUUUCCUUUGUGAGAUCAUGACAUUUAAAGGAACAUGCAGCUAUCGAGGCGCCUCGUAUAUUUGUGGCCUUCUUGGUCUUAUGAGAUGCAAUUAAGAGUGAAGUUCCUAGAUCCUUUUCGUU